AAUGUCUGCUUUCGAGACUCCCCAUCCAACGCUGGAGGGCCAGAGUCAGGCCUUCAAGCUGCCCUCUUCAAAACCGCAAUACUCUCCAACUUUUUCGCCUGUUCCGAAUACCACCGGCCAGACUCUGUCGCCUCCAGUAGAGUUGCCCGACGACCAUAAAGCAGCCAAUCGUACCACCUCACGAAACCUCAAGGAGAAUGCAGAGAAUCGUCCAAGAUUCCGUUCGGGAAAAUCGCAUCGUCAAUGAUCGAGGACUUUGGUCUCAGUGACCUUGACCUCAGGGGGUAUAGUACCUCCGACCACAAAUCUACGCUCGAAAAGGCGACAAAGCAGGUCAACUUCCCGAUCUUCUACUUCGUCGCGUUCGCGCGCGAGUAGCAGAGAUUCUCGCCCACCCCACACCCACAAGGCCCGGUCCUCGCGUGCGUCUCUCCCAGUUCCAACCCUUCAAACCACUGGCCAGGCAAACCCGCCAAAACUCGACCUCUUGACGUUACCCAAGUCUCAACCCAAGUCUAAGUCCAAGUCAAAAGCGAAGCCAAAGCUAGUCUUCUCCGCCUCAUCGCCCGUCGCGCCUGCCCUUCUUGCCAGUCCGUUCGUUUCGAGAGCAUCUUCGCCGGUUGAAUUCCCCAAAGAGCGGCGCGAGGUAAAGGUGAAAUACAAGUCGAAGGCAAGUAUGAAAAAGGCGCAUAUAUCCACCCAAAAGCCUGCUUUUUCGGAGGCUGAAGAAGAUAACAGAAGGAUGAACAUGGCACCGCCUCUCGCACCAGGCGCUGCGCACAAGAACGACAUGAAACGAGUGUUAGCGGACACUUUCUUCGAUCCUAAUGUACCUACACAACAUCGGCACAUGCGUGGCCGUCCUUCCAAUGUUGCGGGCAUGAAGAAGAAAAACACGCAAACUCAGAGUCUGAGCGUCAACGCGUCACCAACGUCCCACCAUCCUACGUCAGGGAGGGAGAACGAAGUUCCGGUCAGGCAACAAGAAGGCAAGCCGCCAGCUUGGAAAGACCGCCGCACAUCUGCGCCAAGUGCCCUUACACGACCGCGUCCGAAGGCGAAGCCUGUCGUUCCCGCAAGACUGUCUUCCCAUGGUGUCAUAGCAAAACGUGCUACGAGCACCAAAUACCCAGAAAGCGGCCAAUCAAACAGUCAUCUUCCUUCUCCUGGACUCGUUAAAAAUAUCGACACUCGCGCACUUCUUCCUCCCACUCCACCAGCAGCAGAAGGCGAACUACGACAUGGAUACGAAAGUGACGCAGAUCCUUUUAAGUGGAUGCACGCUCGGCAGGAUGUAGAUUUCAACCGACCGCCGUCGCAGAUGUCGAUGGUUCUAGGGUCUUUUGACCUUGAUGUGGAAAUCGAUGCGAUUGGCACUACUGGUUGGGGAUGUGGCGACGAGGUCUUUUGGAGUAGCAGCGAAGGCGAAGACGAAGAUGAGGACGAGAGAGAAAUCGUGCAAAUGAGCAGGAAGAAAUUGGUUGCUGACAGUCGGGUUUUAGAAGACGCGACUCAUCUCGGCUUCGAAGGCUUUGCGGAGGAGGUGCACGGCGCGUCAACUCCAUUUGCCAACCACAAGGGGCUGGUGAAGGCGCAAAGCCUUCCGACUCUUCACUCCGACCUCGAUGUUGACGUUCGCAGAAAGAUGGCUGGAAAGGCCAGGACGAUGUCGAUGACAACCGCGUUGCACGCGGGGUUGGCCGCAGAUGAAGAUAACGACAACGGAGGCGAGGAGGAUAUGGAGUUUACAGACCCUGUUGAUGGUACCCAGCUGGCCUUCGCUGAAGACAAGACCACUGCUACGUCGCGUCACAACUCGAAGUAUAAUUCCUGGGUCACCGACAGCAUCAUCUCGCCACCGACGAUCUAUCGUGUAGGCCGCAAGGAGUCCCACGAUGACGAAGAAGUUGAUGAGGAAGAGUCGCUUUCCAGUUCACUGUUGCAUAGUCGAUCGAGGGCGAGGCAAGAAGCACCAGACAUGGAGAUGGUGCUGCCUGAGAGGCAGCUGAGCUCGCCGUUUAGGUUGGACUACUGCUCAACAAGUUCAAGCUCUUCCGACAGCCUGGAUCAACAAGAUGAAAAUCAUGAUCAGGGACAACAGCCGGAGGAACAGGAGGAACGCGCCGAAGGAACCACGAACGACAAAGAAACCCGUCCUGCUGCGAAGAGGACUCGAAGCGGUACAAUCGUGCCCACGAAGUCAAUCGCUGCGCCUGCUGUCAUCAGUACUGCGGCUAGGAGGACACGAACUGGGACGAUCGUCGGUCCUUUACCACCGACAUCUGCGGCAGGUGGUUCUAGCAGGAGGUCGAGGAGUGGAACGAUCUUGGCUGGUUCUAACUCUCUUCUUAGCGUCGAACGCGCGAGCAAUGCCGUCAACAUUGGCGAGGCAAGGCGUACGCGGAGUGGGACCAUCGUUGCGGCCAACGCUGGAUCUUCGAAUGGUGGCAUUCGGGGCAGGGUCAGGAGUGGAUCUGUCUUGGCUGGCCAGGGUAUGCCUGAGGGGAAACACCCCCAGGGGGAUGAGCCUAAAACCCCAGAAAGCAUCAACAGGAGCCUUGUGGUCGGCGACAACCCCCAUAUCGCCGAAUGUGAACGAGAUGCCGACGCCGACGCCGAACCUCAGCCAGGAGCAGACGCAGACGUGGAAGGGUUCGCCGACUCGCUUUACGUCCCGCGGCUCACAUCCUCGCCCGAUCCCAUCGACUUCUUACGCUUUUCACGGAUUGUUGAGGACGAAGAAGACCAAUUUGUUUUUGCUUUGGGUACCACUUCUAGCCAGACGGCAAGUGCUACUGCUGGUGGGUCUAAUCAUGCACUCAGCGGAGUCAAGGAAAUGACGUGGUGCGUCGCUGACGAACCACCCUCGCCGGAGAUCAUUAGGAAGAGGGACGUUCGGCCCGUUACCGCCACUGGAGGGAUUUUGCGUUCGAAGGCCAGAAGAGGUCGCGCUGUGAGCGGAGGACGGAUGAAGAGUAGAACGAGCGGAGGGAAAGCGAGGUUUGCGGUCGUCGUUCCGAAGGAUGGCGAUUUGGUCGAGGUGGAUGAAGGUGCUGGUGAGGAGGACAACUUGAGCGAUGACGAAUUGUUGCUGGUCGACGGAUCGACUACGGAGCUUUUGCUAUG